AUGUCUAACUUAGCUGACAAAUAUUUUGAUAGACCAGAAGAACCGGAAUUCGAUAUUUGUAUGGCAGAUUUUGCUUCUGAAUAUGAAAUCAUAUCGAUUAAUAAGAAUAUUAAAAAUCCAAAGACUCCAAUUAAACGAUUACAAACACUAAAUUUUGCUAUUAAGAAACGUUGUAAUCGUAAGGCUAUUAUACGGUAUCCAUAUUUUAAUCGAGAAACAGAUAGAGAAAAUUAUUUUGAAAAUCUUCUUUCUCUCUAUUUACCGAUAAGAAGUCGAAAUGAAUUGAAAAAACCUUAUGAAUUGUUUUAUGAAAUAGGUGAAAUAUUUGAUGUUCGACAACAAUGUAUAAGAAGAGUAAAAGAAAUUGUCUAUGAAAAUCGAAAAAAAUAUGAAGCUCAUUUGAAAGAAACAGAUGAAAUGGAAUCAUUAUUUAAUCAAUUAUCAGUAGAUAUGAAAGACAACGAAUGGGCUGAAAUUGUUGCUAACAAAGAAAAGGAUAAUAUAUGGUCAGGAGAAAUUGAACUAGAAGAUAAUCCUGAUUUUAAUAUUCUACAUAAAAGAAAAAAUAAAAAUACGUUCAUUGAUUUGAAGCAAACUUUUGCUACUACGGAUGAAAUAAGACCUUUCUUAGAAUCGAUGAACUAUGAACAACAAGAAAUCUUUUAUUAUGUUCGAGAAUGGUGUACACAACGUUUACAUAAUCCUGAUGUCGAACCUCUUCGUUUGUUCAUUACGGGAGGAGCAGGCACAGGUAAAAGUCAUCUUUUGAAAUGUCUUCAUUACGAAGCAACAAAAAUUUUUUCUCGUAAAAAACAGUUAGAACCCGAUGAGAAUAUUGACGAGGUUCAUACAUUGAUCACAGCUUUUACUGGUGCAGCAGCUGUCAAUGUUGGUGGGAUAACUAUUCAUAGUGCAUUCGGGAUUGGAACUCAAAAUAAUACUUUAAGUGAUAAUUUAUCUUGCGAUAAAUUAAAUAGUUAUCGUUGUAAGUUGGGUACACUUAAAUUAUUAUUUGUUGAUGAAGUUUCUCUUAUACAAGCAAGUUUAUGGGGUGCUAUGCAUUCUCGUCUUACUCAAAUCAUGGGUAUACAUUCGAAUACAGCUAUUUUUGGUAAUAUUGGUAUAGUUGCUAUAGGUGAUUUUUAUCAAUGUUCACCAGUAGCAGCUUCAAGUAUUUAUUCUUCUUUACUUUGGUCUGAUCAUUUUGAAUAUGUUGAACUUAAAAUCAAUGAAAGACAAAAAACAAACAUUUUUUUCUCACAAAUGCUUAAUCGUAUUCGAAAAAUUAAAAAAAAAGAAGAUAUGAAUAAAGAAGAUCGUGAUGUACUUGAAAAAAGUCAUCAACGUUACUUGAACAAAGAAUAUCAUCCAGAAGCAUUGCAUCUUUUUGCUAGAAAUGCUCAGGUUGAUGCACAUAACGAAGAUAUGAUUGAGAAAAUUUGCACGAAUAUUCGAAUAUUCUAUGAAGUUAAUAAUAAUGACAAAGAAAUAAAAUCGAACGGAAGAACAGAAACAAAAAAAAAUAGUAAGCCAUUACGGCUUGCCAAAAAUGCUCGUGUGAUGAUAACGAAAAAUAUUUGUGUAAAUGAUGGAUUAGCAAAUGGUGUCACAGGUCGUAUUGUAGAAUUUGUAGAAAAUAAUAAUAAAGAUGUUUCUAACAUAAUAAUUAAAUGUGAUUCAUCUAAAGUUGGACGUCUUCAUAGAGUUAGUUGUCCACAUUGUCAUGGACGAGAUACAAUAUGUGUGAUGCGAGAAAGUAACACUAUUGAUCGACUAGACUAUGAUUCACAAUCAAAGAAAACAACAAAACAAUUUCCUUUACGUCUUAGCUGGGCAAUGACUAUACACAAAGCUCAAGGAAUUACUGUUGAUCAAGUUGUUAUUAGUACGAAAGACUUUUUUGGAAGUGGAAUGGGUUAUACAGCAUUAUCACGUGUUCGUAUCCUAGAAGGGCUGUUUCUUAUCGAUUUACACUUUGACAAAUUCUACUGUAACGAAAAUGUUGAUAGAGUUCUUUCUCAAAUGAAAAUAAUGAGAAAAAAACAAUUAAUAUUUCAAGAAUCUUCACAAUUCUUGAAUAUAUUGUUUCACAAUAUUGAAGGAUUAAAAUGUAAUUAUAAAGCAUUUUGUAAUUACCAUUUAUUAUAUAAAGCAGAUUUGAUUUGUCUAGCAGAAACAUGGUUGAAAGAUGAUACUCGAUUGGAUCAUCUUCAACUUAAUGGUUAUAAUCUUGUUCAUAAAACACGAGCAUGCUCAUUUGUAUCAAACCAUUUACUUCAUUCACAAAAAGGUGGUGGUGUUGCAAUAUAUUUUCGAGAAACUAUUCCUAUAAAAAAAAAUGAUUCAUAUGCACAUGUAAAUCUUGAAUGUAUUACUGUUCAAAUAGAAAAGAGUAACAUAGUUGUUAUCGUAUGUUAUCGAUCACCACAGCAGGAUAAAAAAGAAUUUAUUGUAAAUGUAAUUGAACAUUUAAAACAAUUUAAUAUUGACAAAAAUAUUCUUCUUAUUGGCGAUUUUAAUGAAGAUAGUCUUGAAAAUAAAUCAAAACCUAUUGAAACAAAGUUAGAAAAUUUAGGUUUUGUAAAUAUGUUUAAAGAUAUGCCUACCACGAAUAGUUUAACAAGCCUUGAUUGUGUUUAUUCUAAUUUUAUACUAAAUAAAGUUCAAUAUCGAGAUGUGACAGGAACAUUUUAUAGCUUUCAUGAUGCAUUAAUUUGUUCCAUUGAUAUAGAAAAUAAGGAAAAAGAAUCAAAUAAAGAGAUUGAGUUCAAUGAUGAUGAACAGAUGGAUACAGAUACCUGUUUACCUACUUCAUUAUCAUUCCUGGAAAUUUCUAAAGAAACAAAUAAAAGAAAAAAAAAUACAACAGUAAAAUCAAAUCAGGUAUUUAAAAAAAUAAAAGUUUUAACAAAUGGCAAUACCCGUAAUAAUCUUUUAAAAGAAAAACAAAGAUUAUUUCUUCGUAAUUAUACUAAUAUAAGAAAAGAAAAUUGCAUAGAAAGAAGAAGAGGCACAUUUAGUUCUAAUGAACAACUUUCUAGUAUAGGUUUAAAAAAAAUUAAUAUAUUAGCAGAUGGUAAUUGUUUCUUCCGUGCAAUUUCACAUCAACUAUAUAGACACGAAGACGAUCAUUUAGAUAUUAGAUCCGAAACAAUAAACUAUUUAAUUCAAAAUAUGAACGAUUUCGCACCAUUUAUUGAUGAAAUGUAUUCAACAAUAGAAAAUUACAUUCAACAAAUGAGUAAAGAUGGUACAUAUGCCGACCAUCUUACACUUUCAUCUACAGCAGUUAUCAUCAAUAAAAAUAUAAUUAUUCAUGAACUUGAAAAAAAACCUCUACUUAUUCCUGGUUCUGAUUUUCUUGAAGAUCAAUUACAUCUCUUUUAUGAUCCAAAUAUUCCACAUUACGAUAGUGUUGUUUGUAUUGAUGACACUCCAGCCUUUCUUUCGUCUGAACAUAUAGUAUUUACUUAA